UCUAGCCGUCGAGGCAUGUUAGAAUUAUUCACAGAUGUGGCACUUAUCUUAAUCCACCGUAUCCACGGCUCCGUUGCUUACUUUUUAUGCUUAUCAUCAAUUGUUAUGUUGAUGGUAUUUGUAAUUAUCUUAAUCUGUUUAUAGACUUUGCCAUCGAACCUUUCUCUAUUCCAUACAUGUGCCUCUACUUUCUUCAACGUAAACCGAUUCUUGCCGACAAUGGACGCUUGCUCGUCGUCGGAGACGACAGUAUUCGAGAGGCAAAUUGCUGAUCCAAUUGGGAUGAUGGAAGAGCUGGAAGAGAAGAUGGUCUCAGUCUUGGAGCUCAUGGUUCCACUAAGAAACAGACUGGACGAGUUACAGAAGGAGCGCGACUGUGCUGUCAAAGAAGCAGGGGAGCUGAGGAAAAAGAUAGCAGAGGAGAGCUCAAGCUCGAAGAAGCCACAGUUGUUCACCGACUUCUCCUUCUCGGAGAUCGAGGCAGCGACUGGAAACUUCGACCCAUCAAUGAAKAUCGGCGAAUGGGGAUAUGGGACCCUCUACAGAGGAUUCCUUCGGCACACCCAGGUAGCCAUUAAGAUGUUCCAGCCUCAAGACUCACAGGAUCACUCAGAUUUCCAACAGGAGAUGGAUGUUGUGAGUAAACUGAGGCACCCUAACCUUAUCGCUCUCAUUGGAGCAUGCCCGGAAGCUUGGUCGCUGGUGUACGAGUAUCUCCCCAAUGGCAGCCUUGAAGAUCGACUCAAUUGCAGGGACAACACUCCUCCUCUUUCAUGGCAAACCCGAAUUCGCAUUGCCACUGAGAUAUGCUCUGCUCUCAUCUUCCUGCAUUCACACAAACCCCACAGGAUUGUACACGGGGAUCUCAAGCCGGAUAACAUCCUCCUCGACGCCAACUUCGUUAGCAAGCUCAGUGACUUCGGCAUCUUUCGGCUGAUUCUGUACGUUGAAAAUGCAGCCGGCGGCAGCUCAACAGCAUCCUCGAGAACUGACCCAAAGCGUACCUUUAUGUACCUGGACCCUGAGUUCCUGGAGACCGGAGAGCUGACGCCGAUGUCCGACGUUUACUCAUUCGGACUCGUUCUGUUGCGGCUUCUAACAGGAAAACCAGCCUCAUCAGGAAUAGUGAAGGACGUUCAACAUGCAUUAGACAAUGGCAAUUUAGAAGGCGUGCUGGAUGAAUCGGCCGGAGAUUGCCCUUUUAUACAAGCCAAGCAAUUGGCCGGCUUGGCAUUAAGAUGCUGUGAAAGAAGCCAGAGCAACCGGCCAGAUUUGAGACAAGAGGUGUGGAGAGUGCUUGAGCCGAUGACUGCUUCAUGUGGUGGCUCGUCGUCUUUCCGUCUAGGGGCCGAGGAACGUCGCCAGCCUCCAUCCUACUUCGUUUGCCCCAUUUUUCAGGAAGUAAUGCAGGAUCCACAAGUAGCAGCAGACGGUUACACAUACGAAGCGGAAGCUUUGAAAGGAUGGCUGGAGGGCGGCCAUGAUACUUCGCCCAUGACCAACCUUAAGCUCAAUCACGGCAAUCUCGUCCCUAAUCACGCUCUUCGUUCUGCAAUUCAAGAAUGGCUUCAACAGCCUUGAAAUUUAAAUUUAGUAAAUGUAUUUAAACACUACUCUUGACUGGUUGAGCUUAUUAGUUCAAUUAUACCAAAGGAUGAUAAAGGUCCUUGGACAUAGACUCGAAUUAAGAGGAGGUGAUGACAUGUAAAAGGAAAUCAAUUCACAGAGCCGGGUGAUUGUGUUGUUCCUGGCAUUCCGAUGUUCAAGUCAUUAGAGUGAAACAAUAUGCCCGAGUUGUUUUAAGGCUAAUAAAUGCAACCUAACUUUCAA